CGGGAGGGAGCACCACCACUUCGUCGUCCCACCGUCACUUACACACACACACACACACAGACCUACUUUCUUUAUAUCAUGCCCUCACGCCGUCUCGUUUUCCAGGCAGCUACAAACACCACCCCAUCUUUUUUCCACUUUUCGAAACAGACAACCUCGACGAGUCGAUUCUUCGGGGACAAGAACUGAAAGCCGGCCAUCAUUCGCUUCGAGGGCUGCCCAAACGAACACGCCGUAUAUAUACUGCCGCUCACCCGUGGCCCACCUCGCUGAGUCGCUGCGCCCCAGCCCAGCUGCAGCCAGGCCAGCCUACGUAUAAAGAGAAUUCCCGCCCCAGCUCCUCGGUCAAGCACUCUUCGCAACCGCAACCAACUUCCAACAUCAAGCAACGCUGUCUCACGCGAGGGUAGACACAACCUUCUUGCCAACACAGUCUAUCUGAUCGGGUUGCCUGACACCAAAGAGUUCCGUCGGGGACAAACCUCCCGACUGACCGGCGCGACCACCGCGAGCACCUCUUCUGUUGAGGCGCAGGCUCAACUCCUCAUACGUUUUCCUCGACACCGUCACCAUGUGCACCACGAACAUCUACACCUACGUCUACCCGGACGGACGUAGGGAGCAGGUCCGCCAGCCCACGCUCUGCCCUGUGGCCCGCCACGGCCAGCCCUGCGUCGACAACGUCGUCUUCAAGCACCCAGCCCAAUACGCUCCCACUUCGUCGCUGCCAACGUACGGCAACUACUUCCCACCCACGCCGCCGCUCUUUACCCCUCGAUCCGGAACACCCAGCUACCGCUCCGGCGACGAGUCGGAUCGAUCAUACCACAGCUCGUCGAGCAACAGGCGGCGCUCUGGAGUCUACAUCAACGGACAGCGCGUGGUCGAGCUCAACCGCCGUGACCGGGACCGCCACCUGCGUCGUGAGCGCAUUGUUCUCGUGGAUAACCCACCCACGCCUCGGACACCUCCCCAGGCAUUCAACUUUCCCAGCACCGCCCCAUCGUCCCCAAACUUCAAUGCCUUUCUCCCUCACCUCGCCGAUGCCUCACCGCGCGACUCGUACACGCGCCGCCCCGUCAUCGUCGACGAGCGCCCGCGUGCAGAGCGCCCGUCGGUCCAGAUCGAGGUGGUCGAGCCACGGCCUCCUCGUCGGUCCAACACCCACAUGCGUCACUCUUCGACGAGCUCGCGCGACAGCGGACGACCGGCAUACACGAGCGCGGAAGAGGAGGAGCUUCGCCAGCGACGACGCGAGCGCGAGGCGAUCAGACAGGAGCGGCGAUUACGCGAGGCGCAGGCGCAGGAGCUGAAGGAGAGGGAGAGGGAGGCGCGCGAGAAGACGAUCCGCGACCUCCGCAUGAGGCAGCGGAUCGCUGAUGCCAACGCGGAAAUCGCCAACAGGCCCGCGGUGCCAAUGCCGCCGGCGCCGAAGCGAGCGUCGACAUUCGUGGCAGCCAAGGCCGCCAAGGAGGCACAGGAGCGCGAGGCAGAUUUGAUCAACGCGGUGCGGCGGCUAGACCUAGAAGAGAAGAGGCGAGAGAAGCGGGCCGAGAGGGAGGAAGACGAGGAGCAGCGGGAAAGGCUACGCGAGAGAAUGGUGCCACGGCGACGGGCCACGGUCGGGCCUGGAAGCAGGCGACACAGGGUACUCUACGACGACGGCAUCUACCGAUGGGAGUGAUUUUCCACUCAGCAUUCUUUGAUUUCUCCUUUACUGUACUUUUAAGGGGGAAACACGGAACCCCAGUUGGGACGGCAGGCGAGCGACGAGUCGGCGUUUUGAUACCACGGGCAACGGGCAACAGGGCUCCAUCAAGAUUCAGGAUAGACAAAUUAGAGACAAACAGAGUCUGCGAACUCUGGUGACAACAAUCA